AUGACAACUUGUUGGCCGCGUUGUCGACAGACGGGCUGUCCAUGCGAUGGGGCUAGAGACGGGAGCACCCUAUUUUGGAUGGAGCGCGUCUGGGUCGGUAGGGCUGGUCUUAUCGCGACGCCGAACGAGGCCUUCGGGAGGAGGACAUUCAAGCCUGAGGCGCCCCAGCAAGGGCUUGCAAAACUGUACCUUGGCGGCACGAAUCACGCCCUGCAGCCCUCCUUUUGUUGGCCCCGAAGUCCUGUUCCCAUGGGCUGGCAGACUAUGUAG